UGGCGGUGGGGCGGGGGCGGGGACUCAGGAGAGUGAGGUGGGGAAUCGGGAGUUUCUGGAUUCUUUAUCCGGUCUUUUAAGUGCCGCCGGGGAGCUGUCGUUCCCGCGACGUUUCGGGUCGGCUACGGCGGGGACGAUCGGCGACCGCUGUGGCGCGAAGAUUUCCUUCAUGGAUACAUUUCCAUAGCAUUAUUAUUUGAUGUGAGAAGUUUAAAUUUUUUUGAAGUAACAUGGAUUUUGUACUACAGAAUCAAGAUAUUGGCUAUAUAGGAAAUUUUUAUUUCUAAAAAGUGAUACAGGUUUUUAGAGAUAACCAUGACUACAUCCCAUAUGAAUGGGCACGUUACUGAGGAAUCAGACAGCGAAGUAAAAAAUGUUGAUCUUGCAUCACCAGAGGAACAUCAGAAGCACCGAGAGAUGGCUGUUGACUGCCCUGGAGAUUUGGGCACCAGGAUGAUGCCAGUUCGUCGAAGUGCACAAUUGGAGCGUAUUCGGCAACAACAGGAAGACAUGAGACGUAGGCGAGAGGAAGAAGGGAAAAAACAAGAACUUGACCUCAAUUCCUCCAUGAGACUUAAGAAACUAGCCCAAAUUCCUCCAAAGACUGGAAUAGAUAAUCCUAUAUUUGAUACAGAAGAAGGAAUUGUCUUAGAAAGCCCUCAUUAUGCUGUGAAAAUAUUAGAAGUGGAAGACUUGUUUUCUUCACUUAAACAUAUCCAACAUACUUUGGUAGAUUCUCAGAGCCAGGAGGAUAUUUCACUGCUUUUACAACUUGUACAAAAUAAAGAUUUCCAGAAUGCAUUUAAGAUACACAACGCUGUCACAGUACACAUGAACAAGGCCAGUCCUCCAUUUCCUCUUAUCUCCAAUGCACAAGAUCUUGCACAAGAGGUACAAACUGUUUUGAAGCCAGUCCAUCAGAAAGAAGGACAAGAAUUAACUACCUUAUUGAAUGCUCCACAUAUUCAGGCACUUUUACUGGCUCAUGAUAAGGUCGCUGAGCAAGAAAUGCAGCUGGAGCCCAUUACAGAUGAGAGAGUCUAUGAGAGCAUUGGUCAGUAUGGAGGAGAAACUGUAAAAAUAGUUCGUAUAGAAAAGGCUCGAGAUAUUCCUUUGGGAGCUACAGUUCGUAAUGAAAUGGAUUCUGUCAUCAUCAGUCGGAUAGUUAAAGGAGGUGCUGCAGAAAAAAGUGGCCUGUUACAUGAAGGAGAUGAAGUUCUGGAGAUUAAUGGCAUUGAAAUUCGGGGUAAAGAUGUCAAUGAGGUUUUUGACUUAUUGUCUGAUAUGCAUGGUACUUUGACAUUUGUUCUGAUUCCCAGUCAACAGAUUAAACCUCCUCCUGCCAAGGAAACAGUUAUCCAUGUAAAAGCUCAUUUUGACUAUGACCCAUCUGAUGACCCUUACGUUCCAUGUCGGGAGUUAGGUCUCUCUUUUCAAAAAGGGGAUAUUCUUCAUGUGAUCAGUCAAGAAGAUCCAAAUUGGUGGCAGGCUUACAGGGAAGGAGAUGAAGAUAAUCAACCUCUAGCUGGGCUUGUGCCAGGGAAAAGUUUUCAGCAGCAAAGGGAAGCCAUGAAGCAAACCAUUGAAGAAGAUAAGGAGCCAGAAAAAUCAGGAAAACUAUGGUGUGCAAAGAAAAAUAAAAAGAAAAGAAAAAAGGUUUUAUAUAAUGCCAAUAAAAAUGAUGAUUAUGACAAUGAGGAAAUCUUAACUUAUGAAGAAAUGUCACUUUAUCAUCAGCCAGCAAAUCGGAAAAGGCCAAUCAUUUUGAUUGGUCCACAGAACUGUGGCCAGAAUGAACUGCGUCAGAGACUCAUGAAUAAAGAAAAAGACCGCUUUGCAUCUGCAGUUCCUCAUACCACUCGCAGUAGGCGAGACCAUGAAGUAGCUGGUAGAGAUUAUCACUUUGUUUCACGACAAGCAUUUGAGGCAGAUGUAGCAGCUGGAAAGUUCAUUGAGCAUGGUGAAUUUGAAAAAAAUUUGUAUGGAACCAGCAUUGAUUCUGUGCGGCAAGUGAUCAACUCUGGCAAAAUAUGCCUUUUAAGCCUCCGUACACAGUCAUUGAAGAUACUCCGGAAUUCAGACUUGAAACCAUAUAUUAUCUUCAUUGCACCCCCUUCACAAGAAAGACUUCGGGCAUUAUUGGCAAAAGAGGGCAAGAAUCCAAAGCCUGAAGAAUUAAGAGACAUCAUUGAGAAGACUAGAGAAAUGGAGCAGAACAAUGGCCACUACUUUGACACAGCAAUUGUGAAUUCAGAUCUUGAUAAAGCCUAUCAGGAAUUGCUUAGGUUAAUCAACAAACUUGAUACUGAACCUCAGUGGGUGCCUUCCACUUGGCUACGAUGAAGGAAACAUCUAUGUAUGGCAUAUUUGGACUUGACCUGACGAACUGCCAAUGAGAAGGUAGUCCUGAUGCUUCAGCAAGACUCUGAGGACAAGGUGGCAGGCAGGAUAAGCUGUAGACCUGUUCUUAGAUCUCUUAACUAGUAAGCAGGCCCCUUAGGCAAUUUGUGCACAGUAGUCUUUGUUCUCUGUGCAUAGCUUUAACUGUUCUGCCUUGUUUGGUGGGUUCUAAAAGGAAGCUUUCAACAGCAGUUCCAUUUUAUCUAUUUAAAGCCUUUCUCAUUGUUUUUUACAAACUCUUCUGCUAAGUAGUAUUUACUUUUAAAAAAACAUUUAUGCACACAACUGUGCCUAUCUUACAUAGUUACAAACAUUAUUUGAAUGGUUAAAUUACUUCAUGGAAAUCUGGGAAUAUGUGUUGUGCUUCUUUGCACAGGUUGAGUCAGUAUUUGGUUAGAACGGUAGUCUUCAACUACCCUCAGAAAGGUGCCAGUCUGCAAGUGUUGGAAGGUUGAAAACCACUAGACCUUUGGUUAGAACUGUCAGUCCUUGGAUUGGUUUGCAGGACAGGUACUGGUCUGCAGGGAUAAAAAGGUUGAAGAAAGCUGAGUUAGAAGACUAGUGUAAGUCCUCAAAAAUACUUCCCUAUGAAACAAACAAAAAAAUCUGGUCCCACUUUGGCUUGGAGUAACUAUGAUAGGCUUAAAUUCACUUGUGUGUCUUUUAAUUUUUUAAAAAGCAUUCCAUUAGAAGUAUGAGUUUUUUUAGCUCAAACUUCGUGAAUAAACUAUACAUUCACUGUAUGUUUAGCAGACUCUGAUCUAGUUAAAUAUAUACUGCAAAUGCUUAUCUUUUUUAAAGAUAGGGUUUUCUGAAUGCUUUUCUUAAAUUAUAAUCAUGCUUCCUUUCACUGAUCUGCACAGUAUAAUAGAAUAUGUAACUUACAUUUUUAUGAAUGACAGAUGUUCAUAAUACAAGAUCUUUACUAUUGAAGUUUCUUCCUCAUGAUAUAGAGGUUUUAUAUAUAUAUAUGAAAGGAGAGCACAUUUGAUGGUUUUUGCAUUUUUAUAAAUGAAGAGUAGUAUUUGAUUACUGCUAUAAAUAUAGGUAACAAACUGGAGUUUUGUGAAUAUAGCUGCUGUAUUUGUAUACUAAUAUUUAAAGAUGAAUAACUGGUCAUUGAUAAGACUUGUUCAACAUUGGAAUAAAAUUACCUGCAUUCUAGGGAAAUACUGUGAACAAUUGCCUUUGAGAUCGGAAGGAAACGGUGACCUAAAAGUCAUUUGGACAUUUUAGGAAAAGAACUUUGGGGGGUAAAGAUAGCAAGAGUAGAAGAUGUAAGUAAGAAACAGGUUUUUAUUCUAGUAAGGUCUGUUUAUGACCAGAAUACAACAAAUAAGUCAUAAAUGUUUAUGCUACCACUAGCUUAAAGUUUUGUACUGUCAACAGCUGUAGAUUUAAAAUUCAACUUCUGUAAUUAGUGUGAAAAGUUUAGUCUUUCAUGGUAUGGUAUGUGACAAAUGACCUCAAUGUGAAUGUCUUAAUUUUAUUUUUAUUACUUUAGCUACAGCAUUUCCUGUUCCCAGAGCUAAACACUGGAAUAAUACUAAGAUGUCACUUAACAUAGCAGUUGUUUUUAACAGCUUUUCUUUCAGUGUUGUGUAUUUUUGAUUUUUCUUCUACAUAAUUUUAUAUGAACAAAUGUAAACAGUUUUAUGUUGCCCUUUCUGUUCAAAUUUACUUGACCUCAGAGUUGACUAAAGAGUCUCUUACAUAAAAUUUUUAAGCUAAUGUUUCUUAGGAAGACAGUUAACAUUUCUAGAUUAAGAAAAGGAAUGCUAUAUUAUCUCUUUGGGUCUGAAACACUCCAGCUUACAGCAAGAAAAUGACAUGGUGAAACCAUUUUCAACAGUGAAAAACAAGGAAUAUGUAAGCACUUAAUCUUUUCAAUUUUUCAGUUUACAGUCUUCUUGGGAAUGAAAAGUAGUUUUAUGAAAUCAGUCAACAGUAGUUUUGUGAAAUUCUUAUAUUAACUGACAGCUGUUUUUUAUUAUCCCUAAGAUUUAAAACGUUUAAAUUUUAAAACUGUUUAAGUUAGACUGAGAUUUCAGUUAGUGACAAUGAUUCUGUGCUAACCCCAUGAUUAUGUGCAGACAUUAGGGCCAUAGGCUAUCAAGAAAACUUCUACAAGCAGACUCUUAUCAAGGCACAUGUCAUAUAUAUUCUUAAGCCCAAGGUGAUGAGGUAUUUUAUCAGACUCAAAAGUUCUCUUCUUCCUCAUCAAUGCUUGAUCUUUCGUUUGUGUACCAAACUUUUCUUAAUCGUAGACAAAUGGCUGUGCUGAUAUUUAAGUUUCUAAACAAAGUGAAAACUGAUUUGCCAACUUCCUUGAAAGAAAAUGAGGGAAAAGCUUUGCAAUACUUAUGUCUGACCACGUGACCAGUUCCAUUUCCUGUCCCUCUGUGGUUCUGAUUAGAGGCCCCACUGUGGUAAACUUAAUCCACUUAUAUGAAUAAUGCCAGUAUAUAAUAAAUGCACAUGGAAGUAUCUUCCUUUACUCAAUUUUCCUAAGUCAGAACACACAGCAAGUAGUAAUGUUUAGACUAACACAGAUUUGCUUUCUAUGAAAAUCUGAUAUUUUGAUUUCCAUACCUGAACCCUUUCUCCAUGGCCUAAAGAAUAAGUAUUGAUAAAUAAUUUGAAUGUAACUUUGUGAAUGUGUGUAGAAAAUAUAAACCAGGGAUUCAGCCUUAAUAAAGGUAACUUUUCUGAUA